CGAAGGAGGACGGAACAGUUUCCCGUCGUUUCCCGAGGAAGAACGUGAUACCGGAGGAGAAACGGGCGACGAACGAGUCUUUAAUGAACAAGAGGAAGGUGGCGAUCAGAGAAUCGGCGGCGGCGGUGGUGGUGGCGGCGGCGGCGGCGCCAAUCAGCGGGGCUCCUUUUUUGGGCUCGUACCGCGGCCAGGCCGCCUCAGGCCUAAUAUUGCUGGCAGCCGGUUCAGUCUCUUCAGAGGUCGCUGAAGACCUUUACUUUCUUCAUAAAAAGGCCUGGAUGGACCUGGUUCCAAAAACAGAAGAAUCCUGCUCAUCUGAAAGGUGUCAACGACUUUCGCCUGAACUUCACGGACAUCAGAUCAUCUCGAAAAAAAGGGAAUAAGAAGCAACUUUUCAUUCAUGAUUAGGAAUUUAAAACAACAAACAACAACAACAAAAAGAAAGAAAAGGAGGAGCUUCAUUGAACCUGCUGACGAAACGAAAAGAAACCCUGAUUCCUGCCCUUUUUUUUCAAAGUGCGCUUUCAGAAAUUCUUCGAAUUCAUGAAUUAUCUGUCGAUGUGUCAAAAGACAUUUUUUUGGGUUUGGCAACAUUGUUCAUAUUGUGCUUUUUCUCAUACAUACAUUUCCACAUUGAAAAAGCCAAACGAAAAAAAAAAAUGGGAUCAGUAUUACUUUCCAAAGCGGAUUCGUGCUUAAAAUGUCUUCCGUUUCAUUCCUCUAAAAUGAGCCCAUUUCUCAAGAAAAUGUGGAAUUUGCCAAAAUUGUUGAACUUUAUAUGCCGAAUGCAAUUUGUAUUUGGUUUUCAUUUUCCGCCUUCGUUGUUACAGCGUUAAUUGUUGACUUGUUAUCGCAGUUUUUUUGUUUUGUUUUGCUUCGUUUCGGUUUGUUGGGUUUUCCUCCCCGAAAAGUUUGUUAAUUUCGGUGGGAGUUCCAAAAGGUAAUGAUGAUUAUACGAUGGUGAUUGAAUUGAUAUUAGUAAUAAAAUAACCCAGUUGCACAGAACAAAAAAAAA